UUGUACUUUUAAGGAUUUUUAUACAAUUUAAUAUUUGAGAUAUGCCCUUUUAUCACAAACCGAAAACAUUCAAACCAUUAUUAUUAGCAGCCGAGAAGAAAUCUAUAAAGAACGGCAUUCACCACGCGAUAUUCACAUCCAGGUUUGAUAAAUACGUCGGAGACUGGAAGGACGAUUUAAAAGAAGGUAAAGGACUGUUUCUAACUAUUACUGGGAAACUGUAUGAAGGUGAUUGGCAUGAAGGAUUUAGACAUGGAUUUGGAGUUCUGAGUCACAGACUACAAAAUGGCACAUUCUAUUUGGAAUACCGUGGGGAGUGGGUAAGUGGUAAACCAGAAGGCGUAGGCUGGCGAUAUUACGAAAACAACGAUGUCUAUUUCGGUUUCUGGAAGAGGGGACAGUGGCACGGCUACGGAAAGAUGUGGUAUAAGAACGGGACUUAUUACGUGGGUUACUGGAAUAUGAGCAAGAGGGAGGGGCUUGGUAUGUUUGUACAAGAAAAUGGGAAUCGAUACGAGGGUCAUUGGGAAAAUGAUGUGAAGAAUGGUUUGGGUCGCUUCUACCACUUGCAUACCGGUCAGUUGCAGGAGGGCAUUUGGGAUCGCGGGAUCUGCGUCAAAUCCAAGGUCUCCGAUAUCGUCACACGCCAGUUUUGUGACUUUCCCACUGAAUGCGCCAUACCUCCGGAAACUUUGCUAAACUCCCGAAACAUUUUGGAAAGAAGUGAAAGGUGGCUGAAACAAAAAAUUGGAGAGGUUGACAAACAUGUAAAACACUGCAUCGAUCAAAUGUAAGGUUUAUUUUAGAAAAUAAAAUCAGAUCAUU